UGACCCGACCCAUACUUUGAGUAGCAGGGACUUGUAUUACCUGCCUUACUACUAUGGUAAGAAGAGGUAGCUCUCACAUAAGUUUUCCAUGGUCUUGAUUUUGUUAAAAUUUGUAUACUUUUUCAAGUUGGCUACAAAAAUUAAAGUCAUUCUUAUUUUUUUAAAAAAUACGAUUUCUUCUUGUAGUUAAGAAUAUAUUUUUAAGACAGCCACACUCGUCAGUCCUCCCCCCCACAGAGUGAUAAUGCCCCUCUUGCAGCACCAUUCUGAGUUGUUCAGAUUUAGCACUACUUCAUUGACCUAGUAGUUUCAAGUUUAUCUACAAAACUUAAUUUUCCGAAUAGCUGAAAUCUUUAAUUUCAGAAAGAGCAUUUUCUAAAAUACUAUAUAAUGUUUUCCUUAAACUAAAACUGUUAACAUGCACUUUUUUUCUUUGACUUAGUGGUGUAAGAGCCGUGUUUUUUGGAAGCUGUCUCGGUGAUGGGCGUUGAAUUGUAUACAAAGUGAAUAAAAACUAGUCUUCUAAGUUCUUGUGUCAUCUUGUAUGCUUUUUCUAUUUUGUCCGCAUCCAGCUGCCGAUUAUUAGUAUACCUGCCCCUUAGUGGCUCGCUUCCCUUUCCAUUCUCAUACUUCUAACCUGAAAAGCCAGAUGACUAGGUUUGUUAGAAAUACGGAUAGAUUACUCCCAGCCAGAAGGGUCUGCCUUCUGUGGUGGCUUUCCUUAGGAGGGAAGCAGUCAGGAAGGUCAGUAGCAUUUGAGCAGGAGAGGAGUCCUUUGGUUUAAACCAUAUUCUGAAUAGUUGAGGUGCUCAUUUAUUUCUUUUUCAUGCCUUUCUCUGUGUUUUUUAAAACUGGUUUUAGAUGUCUUUCUCUCAUACUGUGUUUUAGUGCAUUUGAGGGCGAUUCGGAAGUGUAGAUAUGCACGUAUGUGGUAGCCCUGCGAGUAGGAAUAGAGUAACUAAUAAAUAAGCAGCACUUCAGGGCCCAUCUAAAAUGGGGGCGGAUGACUUGUGCCAAAGAUGGUUCUCUUACAGUACGUCUUGCAGUGGCAUUGCCAGCAGUUUUAAGAAGUAACGAUAACAAUAAAAGGGUAGGCCUUGGUUCAACUUAGUGACUUAAGAUCCUAGGAACGAAAGACUGAUUUCUGGCAUGUUACCUUUGGUGGAUUAUUAGUUAUAAUAAUCACAAUAGUAGCUCCUGUUUGUUGUGCCCUCACUCUGGCAGGCCCUCAUUAUUUAGACGAGUGUUGUAUAACAAACAGCGUUGUGGUCCUGGAGGGUGAAUUAGAUUGGAGGGGAGCAAAUGGCAGCUGGGUGCUGAACAAAUGAGAGUAAUCCAGAUAGAGGAGGGGGAGUUUAAAUCUCCUCCUUAGCCUCUCUUUCCAAAUAAAUAAGCAUGUGUGGAAACUGCUGCGGGUGUUUUUGUUUUUUCUUACUCACCAAGGCUAGAAAUAAAUUGUCAGAGGAUUCACAUCUAUGAGAACCACUUAGUACUUUAUAUUCUUCCAACUCGAAGCAGAGAGAACCUGUUUGCGUUUUAACCAGGCAGCACCAGAACAUGUAUCACUUUGAAUAGCCUCAUUAUUGGUUUUGUGUUAUAAAUUGUGGAUUAUAGUCUUUAAACUUACGACAAAGCUGAAUGCAGCUGUAACAUUUAAGGUGGAUUCUGAGAUCCUGAACAGGCCCCAUCUGACAUAUUUUUAGUGAAUUAAACCUUUUAACACUGAUGAUCACCAGUUUUCUCUCAUUUGAAUCUUAUUUUCACAUCUAGAAUUUGUCCUACGUUUCAGUGCAGCUCAGUGUACUGUUAUAAAUGCCGGUUUAAUAGUAUUUUGUGAUCUGGGACUCCUGUCAAAGAUUAUUAUAGGAGCUAGGAAACAUUGGGAGGUAAACUGAAUGCAUGACCUCAUCUCUCUUAUUUUGCACUAGAAUAUAACGUGCAGAGACUGAAAAAAAAAAAUUCCUCUUUUAAAUCUGUAAUAAAUGUGUUUAGUAUGGUGUUGCCAUUAAUAAUCCCUUUCAGCUUUUAGAAUGGAGUGUUCUCAAACAUUCGAAAAUGCUGCUGGGAAAAAGAUUUUACUAGAAAUGUAGAGUAACUGUCAUUCCCUACCCUUAGUUAAUUGAUCCUGCUUGUUUCACUGGGGAAACAAAAAUGUACGUUUACUGAGGAGAAAUCUGUGGGCAUAAACUCUUCUCUUCCUGUUCUCAAAUAUGCUUCAUAUGUUGUUUAUCUUAUUUAAAUAUACAGUAGGAAAGAGUGCAACUGCUGUUCCUUUAAUAUCAGAACUAUGCACGCUACAAUAGGUGUCACAUGAUCGGUGACUUCAGCGAUUGGCUCAGAGCACCCACCGGCUGGCUGACUCCAUCUGCAGGGCUGUAACACCUACUCUCCUCCGAUCCAUUCACCACACAACUUCAGCCGGCUGAGCAGGCUCGUGCGGCUCCAGCAGCAUCUUGCUAACCUAAUUCAGAAAACAAGUGCUGCGGCUCUGUGCCUGUCAUCUUCACUCAGUGUACCAUUUCCAGGUGAUCUAGGAAACUGGGUGAUUUUUAUGAACAAAUAAGAGAAACAGGAAUCAUGAUGGGGAUGUAUUUAACAGACCAAGUACUGGAUAAAACUUAAAGCCAGUUUCUAUUCAACAUAGUGAAAAGGUCACCUUGCCUGGCUGAGAAAAGAAGCAAAAUAUCAGCUUGUUGGUUUCUGUCAACAUCUUAGCUUGUGCUGGCCUCUUUUCCUUGAUAUUCUCACCAAUUUGGAAUAUCUAGCUAUAGAGAGAGACAUACUGUACUCAUGGUAGAUGACAAGGAAAAGAACAUGAAAUGUCUCACCUUCUUCUUGAUGCUUCCAGAGACGGUAAAGAACAGGUCCAAGAAAAGCUCGAAGAAAGCAAAUACCACGACCAGCAGCAGCAGCAACAGCAAGUUGCCCCCAGUUUGCUAUGAAAUUAUUACCUUAAAGACUAAAAAGAAGAAGAAGAUGGCUGCUGAUAUAUUUCCCCGUAAAAAACCAGCCAACUCCAGCACUACCACUGUCCAGCAGUACCACCAGCAGAAUCUCAGCAACAACAACCUUAUUCCAGCCCCGAACUGGCAGGGUCUGUAUCCCACCAUUAGAGAAAGAAAUGCGGUGAUGUUCAAUAAUGAUUUGAUGGCAGACGUACAUUUUGUGGUUGGGCCACCAGGUGGGACUCAGCGGUUGCCAGGACACAAAUAUGUUUUAGCUGUUGGGAGCUCUGUGUUCCAUGCAAUGUUUUACGGAGAACUUGCUGAGGACAAAGAUGAAAUCCGUAUACCAGAUGUCGAACCUGCUGCUUUUCUCGCUAUGCUGAAGUAUAUCUAUUGUGAUGAAAUUGACUUGGCUGCGGACACAGUGCUGGCCACACUGUAUGCUGCCAAGAAGUACAUUGUCCCUCACCUUGCCAGAGCCUGCGUUAAUUUCCUGGAAACCAGCCUGAGCGCCAAGAACGCCUGCGUGCUCCUCUCCCAGAGCUGCCUGUUUGAGGAGCCGGACCUGACCCAGCGUUGCUGGGAGGUGAUUGACGCCCAGGCCGAGUUAGCUCUCAAGUCUGAGGGAUUCUGCGAUAUUGACUUCCAGACACUAGAAAGUAUUCUCCGCAGGGAAACUCUGAAUGCCAAAGAAAUUGUGGUUUUUGAUGCAGCUCUCAAUUGGGCUGAAGUAGAAUGCCAGCGACAAGAUCUAGCCUUGAGCAUCGAAAAUAAGCGCAAGGUCCUCGGAAAGGCACUUUACUUGAUCCGAAUACCCACAAUGGCCCUCGAUGAUUUUGCAAAUGGUGCUGCACAGUCCGGCAUUUUAACUCUAAAUGAGACCAAUGACAUCUUCCUCUGGUACACUGCGGCCAAAAAACCAGAGUUGCAGUUUGUGAGUAAAGCCCGCAAGGGCCUUGUCCCCCAGCGUUGUCACCGCUUUCAGUCCUGUGCCUAUCGGAGCAACCAGUGGCGCUAUCGGGGACGCUGUGACAGCAUCCAGUUCGCGGUUGAUAAGAGAGUGUUCAUUGCUGGCUUUGGGCUGUACGGCUCCAGCUGUGGCUCUGCAGAGUACAGUGCCAAGAUUGAACUCAAGCGACAGGGCGUUGUCCUGGGGCAGAACUUGAGCAAGUACUUCUCAGAUGGCUCCAGCAGUACCUUCCCCGUGUGGUUUGAAUACCCGGUGCAGAUUGAGCCGGAUACCUUCUACACAGCCAGCGUGAUCCUUGAUGGCAACGAACUCAGCUACUUCGGACAAGAAGGCAUGACAGAGGUUCAGUGUGGCAAAGUAACUGUGCAGUUCCAGUGCUCCUCGGAUAGCACCAAUGGCACUGGGGUCCAGGGAGGGCAGAUCCCUGAACUUAUAUUCUAUGCUUGAAAACUCAUUUCCCUAAGCAGUGUGAGCUGUUGUGAGGUGCACAUUUGGUUCCUGCUUGAUCAAUGCUUAGCUCAUCUGCAAAUAUAUGAUCAGCGCAGGUGAUUGUUAAUGAAUGAAGCUGUAGGCAGUUUCUGAUUUCUUUUAACCUUUUUAUUGUGUCUGGCAAAAAUGCAGCAUUCAGCUUUUAACUAUGUGCUUAAAAGACCCAAGCUCUUUUUAGAGCGCGUCUGUACACCUCGAGAGAUUUUGUUUUCUUCCAACUGCCUUCCUGAUCUCCCAGUUUUGUCCCUUUUAAGAAAUGUUUGGAAUCACCUCCAAUUUUUUGGGGGGCUUUAUUUUGAUGGGUAGAAAUAAAUAGCCUGAAAUAAUGGCAAGAGUUAAUUUAAACGAAGUCCCCCCUCACCCCAGAAAAGUUCAAUUUCAGUGUACAAUAUUGAAAGAAGUCUUGCUUCAUAAUAAUAUAGAAAGUAGACAGUAGUCAUGUUUGACUUUUAUUUCUUUCCCUUUAAAUUCUUUGCUUCUGAGCUUUGUGUUUUUUUUAAUCCUAAAUUUAUAGUGUUACAUACUAAACACUACAGAGCAUCAAUGUAAAAUAGAAAAAGGAAAUUUCUUUAGGCCACGACUUCUGCUACAAUCAGAUUUAUAUUCUCUUGGUUUAGAAGACAGAAUAUUGACGUACAGACGCUUCUUUUCAAAGGAAUUAAAAUAUAAAAUCUUCCUGUCAAUAGAAAAAAAGUUGCAGGCCCGUUAAUUUAAACUAAAACAGUUUAGAAAGGAAGCCUUAAAAAAGUCCCAUACUACAAAUCUUUUGAUUAAUGGCACAUUAAAAUACACAGUUUGAAAAAGCCAAACUCUUUUCUCCUCACUUGGCUUCUGGUCCCCACUAUUUGCUUGUUUUGGUUUGAAUAUAGAAUUCCUGUUCUUUUUUUCUCCCCCAUUGAAAGUGGACCAAACAAUUCUUUAGAUGAAUAGAAUAACAGUUCAUUUUGUAGCACUACAUGUUCGUGUAAGAAGACACUUUAUUCAUUGAUUUUUUUUUCUUUCUGAAAUAUGCGUUAUCUACUUUGACUACAUACUAUUUUCUUAUUAUAAUUCUGUCCUGUUCCUGGACUGCUAGAAUCUGGCCUCUGGCCAUCUUGAAGUGCCAAUAUAUGCCUGCAGGGUUUUAAAAAAAGGGUCUGGAGUGACAGUAGUUUAUACCUAAUAUUGCAUCAGCAUCACAUCCCGCUCUCUUAUCUGUCCAUGAGUAAUGUAAAUAAGAGGGAAGGGCUCAUCAAAAAAAUUCUCCUUCACUGACGGCUUGUGAUGGUUCUGUGCCUGUGUUCCUGGCAGUGUCCGAUGCGUUCACCUCCAGUUGAAGUAUCCAUGUGUUCCUGGGCAGCUUUUCUGCUCAGCGUGAUCCUGAGAGCACUUCCCCCGCCACCCAGAGUGUGGUCUCUGGCCGCCUCCUUCUCCUGCCCUACAAGCCUGAAGCUGGCUUGUCUGGAGCCAGGGGUUAGUCCCGGGGUGUGUGUGUGUGUGCGCGCCCAUGUGCACACAAGUGCGUUUGGGGACUCAGGAAUUGUCUCCUCCCUGCCUGGCUAGUGGGAGGUGGGACAGAAAUGAUCCCCCACUGGCCCCCAGCAAGGCCCCAACAGGUGACUGCCCUUCCCUUGCUCACUGUGCUUCUGGGCCACUUCUACCCCCAUAGAUGUGGGCCUUCGGCCAGCUUCCCUGAUGGAGGAGUACACUGGAUUAUGGGAAAUUCUCUAAUCACCUUUGCCAUUAGCUACGUCUUAGCGUAGAUGAUCGAAAGCUGUCACUGGUGAUUAUAGAUGAGUACUCCCAGAACAACUUUACAAAAUUACCAACUAAUUAAUUCUUGUUAGGAAGAUUACAUGUAGUAAUUUUGGCAAAGCAUCGAUGAAAUAAAGGUACAUUUUCAAUUUCAAAAAAUACUACAAAAGAUUUUGUUUUUAAUUAUGGUUAAACAUUUCAGUGACUUAUAGCUACCAUGUAGGUUGGUAGACUAGAUAUCUGAUUGGAAGGCACUCAUUUUUAAGCCAGAGGAGAAGAGACUUUGUUUAGCACUAAUUUCAUCACGUCAGAUUCUUGAGGUGGGUGUGAUAACCUCAGCUUGAAGACUGUUCCUCCUGUACCACUCCCGUCAGUGCUCUUAUUAGCUAGCUGCCCUCCGUGUGGUGAGGGGACUGCUUGGUAAAAGCCAGAUGAGAUCCUGUACUCUGGGCUGGGCCAAGAAGGACUUAAUGUUAUGCUAAUUAUCAUUGCUUAGAAACAAAAGAAGGGGACGCUGCCAGCAUCUGACUGGCUGAUGCCAAAAGCUGUGGGUUAAAUUUGAAAAUUGUUUUUAAAUAUGAAAUUUUAUAUUUUAAACCCUAUUCUCUCUUCUGUAUUUUUGACAAAAUGGAAUGAAGGCUGAUGUGCUUGCUUUAUUUUCUUUGGUAAUCUCUGAUUUUGUAGCUUUUAAAACUAGAAACUAUAGUUCUGAAAAGGCAGCAACUCUAGUAUAUAAACACAACUUUAUUAAACAGAGUAGGCAGUAGUUGCUUUUCUCAGUGUACCUGGCAGUCUUUGUCAUUAAUACUGGGGAUAAAGGGGAACUAGGCUAGCAGUUCUAAUGUAACAUUCUUUUAGCAUAUCUCAAAAUAGUAUUUAAGUAAAUGGUCAAAUUUCUACAUAAUUAUUGCACUGAACUGUCUUUGUCUUUUAAGGUGUUUAAAUAAGCUCCGCUAAUUUCAGGACACUGGAGCCACUUGUGCAUCAGGGUGCUUGAAUUUAGUAGCUUACAACGUUAUUUAUGAAGGAAAAAAAUAUAAAUAUGAAGUACCUCAUGUUGAAUGUUAUUGUACUGUAUUUUUAAUGUAACAGUGCAGAUCCUGUUAGACACAUGAAUGUGUAUAAUCAUGUUAAUGCAAAUAAAAAUAAAACUGGUUCAUAGAUUUGUUUUUCUUAGCAUUUUUCUAGCUCCCUUCCAAUAGUUUAAAAAAUGAAUUCUGGCUCUUUUGGUGCCACUACGUUUUAAAUAGAUGAUUUCACAGGAGUGUUUGUUUGCUGAGUAUUCAGAUAUCUUUGAUCCCUAAAGAAGCGAAAACUUGAGGCAAAAGCAUAAGAGAACAAUGAGUGUGUUAAUCAGUUGCAUUGUUGAAAGCCUGGCUGUUAAGUUAAUGAGAGGGAGGGAGUGAAUGGAUGCAUUUAUAUUCCCGUUAUGGAAUUCCUGGUUGGCUGACAUUGUGAUGCUAUAGAAGCUCAAAGUCUGUGCAUCUUGCCAUGCUAAGCAGGUGUUGAUAUUGAAGGACGUGUAGUUUUAGAUGUGACCAGUGCUGUUUGUUCCUGCUGUGCUAUAAUAGCUUAAAUCUAGGAAUAAAAAUACAUAAAAUGCCGUGUGAGAACUUUGAAUAUAAUUUUAUGUGCUCAACUAGUUUUCUAUUAUAUUUCCCCAUAUCAAGUAUGUAUUUCUCACUUGUACAUAAUUAUACAUGUACAUAUUUUUUUUUUUCUCUGCAGCUUUCUGUUGCUUUUCAGAGUUGAUUGUGAAAUCUCUGUAUAUUUGCUUACCCACUCCAUCUACUCAGGGUUUAGUUUCUACAGCAUACCUGCUCAAAGGAUUUUUGGAAUUUUGCUGAAGAAUAAGGGAAAUGGAACCACCCAUUCUCAUCAGCUUAAUCACAGACACCUGGAAUUGCAAAGCUCUUUAAUCCAGGGAACUCUUAACCGUUGUCUCAUCUCUGUUGCUAUUAAAACUUAAUUCAUAUAUGUUUGUUUUCAGUAUCCCAAGACAAUUGGGAGUGAUCCGCCUGCAUUGUUGGGGUUUAGGGAUCAACAUGUCACUGAAAUGACACUUUUUCCCCAGGUGACUGACUACAUGGCUUGCCUGUGAAAGCCGGAGGCCUAGACUUGGGAGAAAACAGGAAGUGGGAUGGCAGUCCUGAGGAAUUAAAUGGUAUAAAACUUAGAGGCUGAAAUUAGCAAGUGGCCCUGGAAACCUGAGAUUAUUUUAAGUGUUUAUCAGGGUAGGGUUUGAGUGCCUUUGACAUGCCUCAGAUUCAAUUUUUGAAUUUUGAAUUUUAACCUUUUUUCAAAGCCUUUUACAUUUACUGACCAACGACUCCCUUUGCUCAACACUUCGUCUUCUGCUUUUCAGAGUAUAUGUUCUAGCAAAACUAAUACCGAGAAAAGUUUUCAAAAAUAGCAUUUCCCCAUGUAUUUCUUUAACCAACAUGCAUACCCGUGAAGAGUUUCUCAGCCAGGACGUUGCCAGGCAGUCGACUGACUGUAUUUGUGAGGAAGAGGUGAAGGUGGCAGCUGAUGAUGUCACACACCAAGCAGUGUGAGAUAACCUGCUUACGUAGAUGAGCCUCUGA